UUUUAAAUGACCCGGAAGUGAACCCAUUGAAUUGGAUGUUGUUCUGUUCGUAUGGUUCCAUAUGAAAAGGGGCCUCUGGCACCCUCCUUCAAGAGACACGAUGGAGCCUCGUCAUGGUAUUAUGAAAGCCUUUCCCAAAGUUAAAAGGGCCAGAGUGUUACACGGAAAGGAUGCCCCCCCAGUGAAGAAGAAACCUGAAGAAUGUGAUGUCACAGGAAACUGUUUUAAAGACGUCACAGUGUACAUUCUGCCUGCUGGAAUAGGAAAUGCCAGAUGCCAAAUCUUUGAAAGGCAAAUUGAGCAGAAUGGGGGGCAGACAGAGAGAUCACUGUGCCCCGGCGUCACCCAUGUUGUUGUGGAUGACAACAUGGACAGCGACAGAGCGUUGCGAUUACUUAAAGUGGAUUGUGUGCCCUCUGGAGUCCAACUGGUGAAAUGCAUUUGGUUGAGCUCCUGCAUCAGUCAGAAACAACUGCUGGACGUCGACAGCUACAGCCUUCUUUUAACCAAGAGGCAAUCUGAAACAAAGAAGGAAAACAUUAAAGAAGAGCUGCCAAAUGUCCAGCCGACUGCAGAAGCUAUUGUAGAGCCAGUGUCUGAUCACAGCAAACAAGAGCAGACCUUAGACAUGGCAGUCCCAGACACUCAAGAGGAAGUGCACAGAGAAGAAGACGGGGUCUCUCAGAUUGACCUGGAAGCUCUCCUCACUGGCCAGCACCCCACAGAUGAGACUCCUGGCCCCAGCCUCGAGCCUGCUCCAGAAUCUGCUGAUCAGAAAGCUGUCUCAGGGAAAUGGGUCUGUGCCCAGUCCUCUCAGUCCAAAAACAGUAACUUCAACAAGGAAAUCACAGACAAACUGGAAGUGCUGGCUAAGGCCUACACUCACCAGGGGGACAAGUGGAGGGCGCUGGGCUACUCCAAGGCUGUCAACGCUCUGAAGAGUUACCACAAGCCCAUAACAUCAUAUCAGGAGGCUUGCCAGAUCCAAGGAAUCGGAAAACGCAUGGCCGACAAAAUCGAUGAGAUCAUGGAGAGUGGUCACCUGCGGAAGCUAGACCACCUCGGGGACGCUGUGCCGGUGUUGGAGCUUUUUACUAACAUCUGGGGUGCAGGGACUAAAACUGCACAGCUGUGGUACCAACAGGGGUUUCGCACACUGGAGGACAUCCGCACAAAAGCCCACCUGAGCAACACUCAGAAAAUAGGACUCAAGAACUACGAUGAUUUUCUAGACCGAAUGCCCAGAGAAGAAGCAGCUGCCAUAGAGAAAGUGGUAAAGGAUGCUGUCCAUGCAAUAGACCCAGGCCUAAUAUCGAUGGCAUGUGGCUCCUACCGUCGGGGAAAAAACACGUGUGGUGAUGUUGAUGUGCUUAUAACUCACCCUGAUGGCAAAUCUCACAAAGGGGUUUUCAGCAAAGUGCUGCAGAGCCUCCGUGACAGUGGGUUUUUGACGGACGACCUGGUGAGCCACGAGGACAACGGAGAGCAGAAGAAGUACAUGGGCGUAUGCCGUUUGCCAGGCCAACGCCAUCGCAGGCUGGAUGUCAUCGUCGUGCCCCACAGCGAGUUCGCCUGUGCUCUCAUGUAUUUCACCGGGUCGGCACACUUCAAUCGCUCAAUGAGAGCCAUGGCAAAGACAAAAAGAAUGAGCUUAUCGGAACACUCGCUGAACAAAGAUGUGGUGCGUCAGGGUAGCUUAAAGGUGUAUAGCGGCACACCGUUCACUACAAAGACAGAGAAGGAUGUUUUUAGUAUUUUAGGCAUACCAUACAGAGAGCCCCAUGAAAGGGACUGGUGAGGAUUCACCAAUCACAAUGCCUUGUCUGUUUUAAAUAAUAAUCAUGAUGAUGAUUGAUGACAAACUGCAAUUAUGCCCUGACUACUAUUUUUAAGAAUGUUUUACUGCUCAACUGAUCAUGCAUCAGACUUAUUUUACUUGAAUGCUAUUUUAUUCUACAUAUUAAUGAAUGAGGUACACUUCUAUCAUAACUACCUUUUUUCAUCCACUUAAGCCUAAUUUUAACUUUUCUUCAGGAUUAUUUAAAGGAUAUGUGCCAAGAUUAUGAGAGAUCCAUCUCUGAAAGUCCUCCUGACAUGCCAUUAUACAAAUGUUUUGGGGAAUUUUGCUGUGUGGUCAAGAGCCUUUAAAAAUAUAUAUUUGUAUUGUAUUCAUUAAGGACAGUUUCUUCAACAGAAGGUGGCUGAAAUAAACUAAGUAAAAAGGAACAGUGAAAAAUAGAUAUGGCUUUGAAGUUUAAUCAAUGUUGAAUUGUAAGACUUCUAUAAGUCAAGGCUGCCAGUGAAGGUUAAUCAAAAAGCUAUGUGAGGGGCUGGAUAUCACUUGAAGUAAAUAGAAAUAUAAUGAUUUUGUAAGUUGAUUAAACUUGUCUGUUAAAGUAAUUUUAACAUAUAUGCUUGAUACUGUUUAUUUAAAAAGGUGGGUUAUGUUAAUAAACAAAGGGAAUUGAAAAUCUC